AUGCAUGCAUGGGUACGGGCGCUCCCGCAGCCCACAAUCCGAGCCACCACACAGCCUUUGCCGAGCGCGCUGCAAGGAAGUGCCGGCCACCACGCGACGUACCUGCCUGUAGCCGAGCCGGACGGACCUCCAAGGCGUAUAUGCCGUGUGGACGGGGGGUUUAUGCAAGAGACAGGACAGGCUGCUAUGGGCGUAAUCUUGCUGGACACGAAUGGAGGGUACGUCUCGGCGUACAAUGGACCAUUACAUGGGUGUUCGUCGCCACUUAUGGCUGAGGCACUCGCAUGUAAAGAAGCAUUGUCAUGGUUGAAGGAUCGGGGAGAGCAGAAUGUUGACAUCUACACGGACUGUCAGACACUACACCGUUAUCUUACUACACCAGCUGUUAUGAUGCGCACAUAUCUAGGCUAUGCCAUUGAUACUUGCAGGCUUAUUGCAUCUUCGUUUCAGUCUUGUUCGUUUCAUUUUAUUCCUAGAUUAGAGAAUCACCUAGCUCAUACUUUAGCUAUUUCGGCUUAUCAGCAGACCACAACUAUGUAUUGGGAUCAGCUCCCACCGGAUACUAUUUCUGCCUAUUUUUAA